AUGAUUUUUGCAAUUGAAGAGAUAAACAGAGACCAUAAAUUAUUAUCCAACAUAACCUUGGGAUUCAAGAUUUUUGAUUCCUGUUAUUCAAGAGAACGUGCACUUCUGGCUACCCUGUCAUAUUUAACAGGAAAACAGAAUCUGAUUCCAAACUACAGCUGUAAACCUGUUUCCAGACUACCUGCUAUAAUUGGAGAUACCCCCUCAUCAUCUUCACUGAUCAUGGCUACCAUACUGGGACUCUACAGGUAUCCCCAGGUAAGCUAUGGUUCUUCUGUUUCAUUGUUGAGUGACAAAGUGAUAUAUCCAUCAUUUAUGAGGACAGUUCCAAAUGAUAUCUUUCAAGCCAUUGGUUUGGCCCAGUUGCUAAUAUAUUUUGGCUGGACAUGGGUAGGGGUUUUGGCCUCAGACAAUGAUUAUGGGAUACUGGGUGGCCAGACCCUCCAAAGAGAAAUUAUCAAGGCCGGGGGCUGUAUAGCAUUUAAUGAAAUGAUCACAAAGGAUAAAGAGAAAAUUCCCUAUAUUGUUAAUGUGAUUCAUAAGUCAUCAGCAAAUGUCAUUGUGGUCUAUGCUACUGCUGAAAAUCUGGUUCCACUGUUGGAGGCCACUUCAGUUCAAAAUGUGACAGGAAGGGUAUGGAUCAGUUCUACUGGCUGGCAAGUAAACAUGGACAUUCUCAGUACAAGGACUGCCAAAAUGUUAAAUGGCAGUGUAGGAUUUUUCAUCCAUAAAGGCAAGAUUCCUGGGCUCACAGAGUUCUUGUAUAGUGCCCAUCCUUUUAAGUUUCCUAAUGAUAUCUUUAUAACAGCAUUUUGGGAGGAAGCUUUUGGCUGUCAGUGGCAAAAAUCUGAUGGAAAUAAUAUUUUAUUAAACUCAAUGACAAAUAAAAAAUUUUCACCUUGCACAAGUUAUGAAGAUUUAAGAACUCUCAGCAUUUCUGUCUACGAUGUAUAUAAUUUUACGUACAUGCUUAGCAUAUAUAAUGCAGUAUAUGUGGUAGCACAUUCCCUUCACAACAUGCUUUCAUGUAGAAAUGGAGAAGGGCCAUUUCAGAAUGGGCAGUGUGGGAGCUUCCAUGAUUUCCUGCCUUGGCAGCUGCUUCAUUACAUGAAGAAUGUCAAUUUUAAAAAUACAGGAGGUGAAUAUAUGUAUUUUGAUGCAAAUGGUGACCCACCUGCAAGGUAUGACAUUCUAAAUUUUGCCUUGUUCCCAGAAGGAAAUAGCAAGUACUUUCAAGUUGGUAGCUUUGAGAACAAAGCUGUUGGAAGACCAGAGCUGAUCAUCAAUGUAAGAGACAUUUUAUGGAAUGAAAGAUUCAAUCAGGUACCACAUUCUGUUUGUAGUGAAAGCUGUCUACCUGGAUACCAAAAGGUUGCUCGUCGAGGACAGCCCAUCUGUUGCUUUGACUGUUUAGUCUGCUCCAAGGGAGAAAUCAGUAACCAAACUGGUGCUGUGAGCUGCCUGAAAUGCACUGAGGAUUUCUGGUCCAAUGACAAACGAGAUACGUGCAUUCCAAAAAUCCUAGAAUACCUGUCCUACGAAGACCCUAUUGGAGCAUCAUUACUUUUUUCUUCAAGUACUCUGAGUGUGUUGACAGUUUCCAUUCUCUGCAUUUUCAUUAAGUUCAAGGACACUCCAAUUGUGAAGGCAAAUAACCGUGAGCUCAGCUACUUUCUGUUAUUGGCCCUUGCACUUUGCUUCUUGUGUUCCCUGCUGUUUAUUGGUCAUCCCAUGAAACUGAACUGCAUGUUUCGUCAAGUGGUGUUUGGCCUGACAUUUUCCCUUUGUGUGUCCUGCAUUUUAGCCAAAACUGUUACUGUGGUGAUCGCCUUUAGUGCCACAAAGCCAGGCAGCAGACUGAGGAACUGGGUAGGAUCCAGAGUAUCGAUUCCUAUUGUCAUCACUGGAUCACUGGUUCAGGUCAUCAUAUGUUUUGUUUGGUUGUCUAUAUCUUCUCCAUUCCCAGAAUUCAACAAGACCUCAGAAGAUGGAAAAAUAAUCAUUGGGUGUAAUGAAGGUUCAGCAUUUGCUUUUUGGACAAUGCUGGGGUACUUGGGCUUGUUAGCUGUUGUUUCCUUUGUGGUUGCCUUCCUGGCCAGAAACUUACCUGGUAGCUUCAAUGAGGCCAAGUACAUAACCUUUAGCAUGCUUAUGUUUGUCAGUGUGUGGCUGUCAUUUAUCCCUGCAUACUUGAGCACCAGGGGGAAGUACAUGGUGGCUGUGGAGAUUUUUGCCAUCUUGGCUUCUAGUGCUGGAAUGCUGAGCUGCAUAUUCUUUCCUAAGUGUUACAUUAUAAUACUGAAACCAGAACUGAACACCAGGAGCUUUAUGCAGAGAUCGCCU